UAUGCUAGCAGGCUACCAGAACCAAAUCAACAUGCUGGAGGCCGAGCUUUGUCAAAUGCGGGCAAGCAUUGAGCAACAGGGACGUGAUUACGCCUUGUUGUUGGACAUCAAGACACGUCUGGAGCAGGAGAUCGCCACCUACAGGAGCCUCCUGGAAAAUCAGGACAUCAAGACUCAAAUUCCAGGAUCAACUAUCAUGAUCUCAGGUGGAUCUCUCUCCUCAGGUGGAUCUCACAUGGUCACAUCUGGUGGAUCUCAAUCCUCUGGUGGUUCUCACACCAUCACAACUGGUGGACCAGCAAUCCAAAUCAAGCAAACCACCACCACUUCACACCGUACUUACUAAAGUCACAGCAUGCCGCUUCGUGAGACAGUAUUCAGACUCAUGCAGACAUUUCAUUUGAAAUGAGUGUUGAUACACAGUUUGUGACAUGGCAAGAAACGAGGAAAUGUGUUGCUUAUAAAACAUCGAAAGACACUCACUGUUAUGUUGUUGUAUGUGAGAAAAACCUGUCUCUGAAAAUAAAACGGCUGUCAAGAAA